UUUAAAUGCACAGUGAAUUCGUCUCUGAAAACGUCAGGGCACCAAAGCGCCGCCCAUAGCCAUCACACCCGCUACUUCUAGCUGUUUCUCAGGAGGGGCGUAGGGAACGCUUUGUAAAGUGAACGCCACGCUGCGUUCAGACAUGCGCAGAGAGGAAUGACAUUGCAGAACGGGCGUGGUUUGAAUGUAAUCUAAAAUCCCGUACGAUAACAACAGCCUAACCUAAGUAAACCGUUACAAUAUCAACAAACUCUUAAGUAAUAGGUGAUAAAUUACAAUAAACCUGUACGAUAAAUACUACGCGAGUGACAACGGCGGACCGAGCAUGUCUGUACACGUUAACAGGUGGAGAAGUGUUUUAUGCGGUUUGAAGGCUGAGACGGAAGAGGACAGUCUAGAGUGCGUGGACAAUGACGGCACAGCAGUGAUGAGAUCCAGAGGCCCCAGUCCUCUCAGUGACAGUAUGAUGUCCGAGGCAGAUGAAGAAGUUCUCAUUAAUGAAAUCACACAUGAAACACCAUGUGAUUCACAUGAGGCAGAGAGUGUCAUUUCAACUGAGAUAUAUGGAGCUGAUUUGCAAAGAACUCUGGGAGAGAUUCUUGCAUACUGUCAGGUUACAUAUGGAGCCAUUCUGAAACUCGAUGAGAAGUUUGAGAUGCUCCAGGCGAAAGUAGCAAGCAUCCAGAAUCCAGCUGUCCUCUCUCAGAGGACACAUUUGUCAUCCGGCUACAGAGACAGCUGCCAGGCCAAGUCUGAAGCCAUGAUCAAUUCUGAAGCGUCGAUGCCCCGUCUCAUUCAUAUUUCCUCUACAUCUCCCAUUCCAUCUGCGGAAUGUUGGAAACCUCCUGCCCUCUCUCCCUGCCCAGAGGUGCCCAGCCCUCCACGACUUUUUAUCCAGAACCAGGCCAGGGCCACAGCACCAACUCACACAACACAAGAACCUCUCAGCAUGAAUAAAAUGAGUCAAAUGCAGCAACAUCUGGAGCGAGUGAAGAGUUCAGCUGGAAUCAGCUCAGAGAGAAGUGACCCAGCCUCAACUACAGACCUUUCUAAGACGAGUUGUCUGGGUAGCUCUGAUAGGAAGGUGUUCUUGUCAAACUUUAUCCUACAGAGGGCUGGUAAAAUGGCUCGACCUGGUGCAGCGGUGCGAUACCUCACACGAAACAUUUUUUCAGCAGAGGAACUUUCUCAAAGCAGCACUACUGGAAACCCAACCAGACGCCUAAAGAGACUCGACCCAAACAAGAUCAAUGCCAUCAGAGAGUGGGCAGUAAAGAGAUACCCAAAAUUUGAUCUUCGAGAGAAAGGCAAAGACUGGAAGAUUUGUCUGUCUGUAAUUAACUCAAUGGCCCGCUACUGUCGGUUCAUGGACAAGACACGAAAGCUAAAGAUUGAAGAAAGUGUAAAACCUGAGAACCGAACAUCAGUGACAUCAGAAUCUGCACCUACAGCAGUUAUGUGUGAAGCGGCUGCAGAGAUUGAUGUUGAACUGUCUGACAGCGACACUGAGCAGAAACAGCAGGAAGUGCUGAUGAGCCACAUCACAGAAGAAUAUGACAUGCCUUCUGACUGGGAAUCUAACAGCGUGUAUCUCGGCCCCCCUCAUCGGGAUGUGAAGGUUCCUGGGUUUGCCUUGUCUGCAGCACAUCUGCGAACACGUCCUGAGCUUAUCGCGCGAUAUCUCAUUAAAUUCAUCUUCCCAGAGGAUGUGCUGGUACGCAGUAAUGUUUAUGGUGGGGUGCGGCGUGGCAUUCAGGCUCUUGACCACAACAAGAUCUCUGCACUGCGAGAGCACCUCUUUGAGCGUUUUCCCUGGAUGAAGCUGGAGGAAGAUGGAAGCGACUGGAAGGUUUGCGUAGGCGCUAUAAACAGCACCAUCCGCAAGUUUCGAUAUGAACGCAAGAUGGGCAUAAAGAGAGGGAUACGCUAGUGCUGGGCAUCCACCGAUAAAAAAACUGCUCAAUCACAUUGAGACAAGUGACUUGUGUCAAGACAUGCUAGUAGCUGUUACUGGUGGUUUUUCUAGAAUGUGUGACUAGUAUUUAAUUUAAUUUGUGAUUUUUACUGGUUAUUACUUUAAUAAUACAAUUUUCAACAGGAAAUCUGCAAAAAAAAAAAAAAAACUUUAUUUGGUAGUAUAAAAAAAAAAAUAUACAGGUGUAUGAACAAAAAAAAAAAAAAAAAAGUUAAUAUAUGGAUUUAUUAGGAACAAAAGAAAUAUUAAUAUAUUAUGUACCCAAAACUUUUCUUGCCACUGAAACAUAGCAGUUAUAUAAAAGAGGGGAAAAAACAGCUGUUGCACUUCAGUUCUGAACAAUGUAUCUGGAGUUCAGGUGAUUCAUUGAAAUGAAGUAUGUGUGUGUCUGGAUUAAAAACAAAACAAAACAGA